ACGUCAUGAUGGAGAAUCAGCCGCCCCUCACAUCACCGGGAGGACACUUUCUCCAGAAUCCCUCGGAGGGACGUCACAAUAUAUCUGCAGACAAUAAUGUGGAAGAUGACGGUUUUGCACAAUAUUAUGUAAAUGCUGUUACUCCAUAUAUACAUCACAGACCUUACUGUUUGGAGGAAUCAAUGGAUCCCUCUAAUCCCGAGGAAUCUUCUGCUCGAUCACCUCAUUGGACUCCAGACAUCCACCUUCCAUCUCACGGUGCAAAUAGAGCACCAGACUCCUCCAAUCCUAAUCAAUGGUCUUUCAGAAACAAAGUACUAAACACCGUUCAGAGUUCUUUGUCAUGUUUGGAGUGUGGAAAAUCUUUCAACUUGAAAUCGGAACUUCAAAUCCAUCUUGGAGGUCACACCAAGGUGGCCUCUUCAUCUUCAGAGUGUGGGAAGUCUUUCACCGAGAAAAGUGAACCUCUUCCACACCAGGAAAGUCCCGCUGACGAGAAGCCGUUUUCAUGUACAGAGUGUGGAAAAUGUUUUGUUCUAAAGAAAAAUCUUCUUAAACACCAGAACACAUGCCAGCAUUCUUAUUCAUGUUCAGUGUGCGGGAAAUGUUUCGCUGUCAAAGCAAAACUUCUUAUCCAUCAUAGAAUUCAUACAGGUGAGCGUCCUUUUUCGUGUUCCGAGUGUGGGAAAGGUUUCGAUUUCAAAACCCAACUUCUUGAGCACCAGAGAGUUCACACGGGUGAGCGUCCUUAUUCUUGUUCCGAGUGCGGGAAAGGUUUCGCCGUCAAAGCAAAACUUCUUAUCCAUCAUAGAAGUCACACAGGUGAACGUCCUUAUUCUUGUUCCGAGUGCGGGAAAGGUUUCACCGUCAAAGCAAAACUUCGUAUCCAUCAUAGAAUUCACACGGGUGAGCGUCCUUUUUCGUGUUCAGAGUGCGGGAAAGGUUUUUCUCGGAACACAGAACUUCUUAGACAUCAGAUCGUUCACACCGGUGAAAAUCCUUUUUCCUGCUCAGAGUGCGGGAAGUGUUUUAAUGUGAAAGGAAACCUUGUUCAACACCAGAAGAUUCACACAGCUGAGCAUCCUUUUGCAUGCUUGGAGUGCGGAGAAAGUUUCAACUGGAAAAAAAACCUCCUUCGACACCAGAAGAGUCACGCGGGAGAAAUUCCCUUUGAAUGUUCAGAGUGCGGACAGUGUUUCACCCGGAAGUUGAACCUUCUGAGGCACCAGAAAAAGCACACCGAUGGAGGUCCUUUUUCAUGUUCGGAGUGCGGGAAAUGUUACCAACGUAAAUGUAAUCUAGUUAGACAUCAGAAAACACACACACCUGCUGAUGCUAUUGACUAAUGUAUGGUAACCAAUGAAAUGUUGAGUUGUUCGAUUUAUAGAACAAUUGUAUAAUAAAGCUGAGGUGAAGAUGA